AUGAUGGAGGAAGGCAAAGACACGUCUAGCGUUGGAGCAGGCCCUGAGCCCGCUUCUUUAGAAAGCCAGUCAUCGGACUCGGCGAAAUCUACCAACGUGUUGACCAGACUCAAUCAGAGAAUCACCUCUGUGAGGUUCCUAGAAGCCCGUGGUAUUGAACGAGUGCCCGAAUCCGAACGUCACGAUGUCAAUGCGGCCGACUACAUGCAAAUGACCUUGCUCUGGUUUAGCACCAACAUCACUGCCAAUAACAUCGCUCUCGGAAUGCUCGGCCCGAUUUCCUUUGAUUUGGGCUUUGUCGAUGCUGCUCUAUGCGCCACAUUUGGAUCUCUCCUGGGCGCUGCCGGGGCUGCUUACAUGGGGACAUGGGGACCAGCGAGUGGCAACCGCACCAUGCUGAAUCUUGACAAGGUUGUCGCAAGAUACUUUAUGGGAUACUGGCCUAGCAAGAUCUGCGCGUUGUUGAAUAUAGUUAUCAUGCUAGGCUACGGCAUGAUCGACUGCCUUGUCGGUGGUCAGGUUCUCUCUGCCGUCGCAGAUGGCAACAUGAGCAUCGUGGUGGGAACAAUCAUCGUCGCGAUUAUCACCUGGGCGAUUGUCGUUUUUGGCAUGUCUAUAUUCCACAUUUAUGAGCGCUGGGCUUGGAUACCGCAGUUAAUUGCACUCUUCGUACUGGUUGGAUCGGCAGGCCCCAAAUUCGACACGUUCAUCACGUCAAGCGGCGAUGCGCGAACGGUUGCCGGCAACCGACUGUCGUUCCUCUCAUUGUGUCUGUCCGGUGCUGUCGCGUGGGCUCCGGCUGGCGCUGAUUAUUACGUCUAUUACCCGCCAACCACCAAAAAAUGGAAGACAUUCACCAUGACCUUCCUUGGGAUCGGGCUUGCAUUGGUGUUUGCCACUCUUCUUGGAGUCGGGCUUGCAUCCGGGACAUUUGCUAAUGCAGACUGGGCUGCUGCUAACGAAGUUUCAUCGGGAGCCCUCAUUUUAGAAGGAUAUAGUGGCCUCGGCGGCUUUGGAAAGUUUCUUGGUGUGCUUGUCUCGCUUGGGUUGGUUGCAAACAAUAUUCCCGGCACGUAUUCUGCCUCGCUUGGAUUUCAAGUCCUUGGCCGUUACGGCGCUCGCUUACCGCGAUGGUUCUGGUCUUGUAUAAGCGUAAUCAUCUAUACUGCCUGUGCCUUGGGUGGACGCAACCAUCUCUAUGAUAUCUUUGAGAACUUUCUCGCUCUGAUGGGUUACUGGGUAACUAUUUUUCUGACGAUUGCGCUUGAAGAGCACCUUCUUUUCCGGCGACCGCAUCGUGGCUUUGACUGGUCUGCUUGGUCAGACCCAAGCAAGCUGCCCUUGGGGCUUGCUGCUUUCACCGCGUUUGUUAUUGGGUGGAUUGGGAGCAUUAUGUGCAUGUAUCAGAUUUACUACGUCGGACCCAUUGCCAAACUAGCCAGCGAUGAAGGGGCUGACCUGGGAAUCUGGGUAGGGUGUUCCUGGGCGAUGAUUGUCUUUCCGCCGUUGAGAUGGUUGGAAUUGAAGCAAUUCGGUCGAUAG